AUGUCGGACACUCCUGGUGUUAUUCCUAACAUGCCAAUUAGUUCACAUCAGUCAUCUACUAGUACAAAGUCUAAUACAAUCAAACGAAAAGAAAUAUAUAGAUACAAUGCUCCUUGGUGUAUUUUCAGCAUGAACUGGUCUGUCAGACCAGAUAAACGCUUUCGUUUAGCUGUGGGUAGUUUCAUUGAAGAGUACAACAAUAAAGUUCAAAUCAUUUACUUAGACGACGAACAAGGAGAGUUCGUUGUACAAAGUACAUUUGCACAUCAUUAUCCAACUUCGAAAAUCAUGUGGAUCCCUGAUACAAAGUGCAUUUUCCCUGAUUUACUUGCAACAAGUGGUGAUUAUCUUCGCAUUUGGAAAAUAAAUGAAGAUUCUGAAGUUAAAAAUGAAUGCUUAUUGAAUAAUAAUAAGAAUUCGGAUUAUUGUGCCCCGCUUACUUCCUUUGAUUGGAAUGAAGUAGAUCCGAAUAUUAUUGGAACUUCUAGUAUCGAUACUACUUGCACCAUCUGGGCUCUUGAAACUCAGCAGGUGAUUGGUCAUGCGAAUGUCGUAAGCGGACGCGUGGAAUCUCAGUUAAUAGCCCAUGACAAAGAAGUAUAUGAUAUAGCUUUCAGUCGUGCCGGAGGAGGAAGAGAUGUUUUCGCUAGUGUUGGAGCGGAUGGUUCUGUACGUAUGUUCGAUCUUCGGCAUUUGGAACAUUCUAAUAUCGUGUAUGAAGAUUCCAAUCAUUCCCCACUUUUACGCCUAGCUUGGAAUAAACAAGAUGCAAAUUAUCUAGCGACAUUUGCAAUGGACUCUGUAGAAAUAAUUAUUUUGGAUUUACGCGUACCAUGCACUCCAGUAGCUCGCUUAAAUAAUCACAGAGCAUUUGUAAAUGGAUUAGCAUGGGCACCACAUUCAAGUUGUCAUUUAUGCACAGCAUCUGAAGAUUGUCAAGCUCUUAUCUGGGAUAUUCAGUCUAUGCCAAGAGCAAUAGAAGAUCCUAUCUUAGCAUAUACAGCUGCUGGUGAAAUUAAUCAAAUCCAGUGGUCAUCAACUCAACCAGACUGGAUAGCUAUUUGCUAUAAUAAUUCCUUAGAAAUCUUACGAGUGUGA